AGUUGCGAUAACAAAUUGCUUCACUAUGGCUCAGACUUCAAUUUUGAUUGCUGGCCCAUUCAUUGUUUUAUUCCUCGCAGUUCUAGUCGGUAUUUCUCAAAGUUUGUGAAAUGGUGUCUUCUAAAUAUUUUGCAAUACUUGUAUUAGCUUUCACAUAUGACAAUGUGUGGUCGUCAGAGGUUCCACCUGACACAAGAAUAGUGGGUGGUCGACCAGUACAGAGAGACGGUCUGAGACAGCAAGCAUCAAUUCGGUUCAAAAGUUCAGACUCAACUUUUGGCAAUGGUCACGUCUGUGGAGGAAAUCUCAUAUCUAACAACACCGUUCUAACUGCUGCCCACUGUUUUGUUGAUGAUCUGGGGAGACAGACCAGUGUUUCAGACAUUCGUGUUGUUGGUGGCAAUUUACUUCUCACGGAACAAACACCGAAUACAUUCAUUUCUGAUGUGGCGAGAUUAGUUAUUCAUCCUGGAUACAAUAGGAGAACAAAUGCGGAUGACAUUGCCAUCUUAAUUCUGAAGAACAUCGUGCCGGCGAGUCAUUCAAGUUUCCGACCAAUUACCCUCCGGACUGUUCCAAUUGACAGGGAUGCAGUUUGUGAAAUUGCUGGUUGGGGUGCCACAAUGGAAGAUGGCGCGGGAUCCAAUAGCUUACUGGCGGCUAAUGUUUCAAUCAUUGACUUCAACUUCUGCAAUAACACAUACUUGGGUAUCCUGACCAAUGGCAUGGUUUGUGCUGGUCGAAUGGAGGGUGGAGUUGAUUCAUGUCAAGGUGACUCAGGUGGACCACUCGUGUGCAAUGGACUCCUGACGGGUAUCACAUCCUUUGGUACUGGAUGCGCCCGACCCGGUUAUCCUGGUGUCUACACUGCAGUCCACACAUACUAUAGAUGGAUUAUGGCAAAUGCGGCCUCACAAUCUGGAAUUAAUUCUCUUUUCCUGUCCAUUUGUCUCCUUCUUGGUGCCAUAAAUGUCGGAAGGAUGCUGUAGCUAUUUCAUAUCUUUCCGCUAAUUGCAUCAUUUAUUACCUAGAGCACAAUUGGACACAAUCGAUUAAUAAAUUACAUUACGUGA